AUGGAUCCAAGUCAUCUACAGAAUCAUCUCAACGCUAACGGGAUGAACCCGAAUCAGCAAAAUACUUUCCUCCAUCAACAACAACAGUACAAUCAAUUGUUCGCGCAAAAUCAACUCUUUGCACAGAAUAUUCCCGGGUUUUAUGGAGGACAACAGAUGCUCGAUAUGCAGCAUUAUAUGCAACCACAGCAACUUUUACAUCAAAUGCAGCAAAUCCCUCAACAACAACUCUUGCAACAACAACAACUUGGGCUACAUCAGAAUCCGAUGCUUCAACAACAUCAACUCAUCCAACAACAACAACAAAUGGCUUCUUUCCAACAACCGACUACACAACCCCUUCAACAACCCGGAAUUGUCAAUCAACAACAACAGCAACAACACUUUCAGAACCAACAACAGCCACUCACUCAUCAACAACGCCUUUUGGAGCAACAAAAGCAACAAAUGGAGGUGGUUCGGCAACAAAGAUUGGCUCAAGAAAAAGCUGAGGCUGAGGCUCGUUUGAAAGAACAGCAGAAACGGGAGGCUGAAGAGGCUGCACGCCGGCGGACCCUCGAAGAGCAACGACAAAAAGAAGAGGCUGAACAAAGAGCUCGUUUAGAAGCAGAAAUGAGAGAACAAAAGAGAUUAGCGGAAGAAGCUGCCCGAAAAGCUGAAGCCGAGCAAAGAGAGCGAGAAAAGUUGAUGCGUUUGCAAGAGGAACAGCAAGCACGGCUGAGAGAAGCAGAGAGGCUUCAACAUGAAAUCGAAGAAAAAGCAAAGCAGAUACCCGGGCCGUUGACGCUUCUUGGAGCCACGAUGACAAAUUUGCUCACAUUGAUCCCAUUCCCAUCGGAGAAUCUAGCUACAUCAUCGAUUGCUCGGAUUUGCAGACCGCAUGAAAUGGAGGUCCUGAAAAGCACGGAUCCAAUGUUGGUGAGCCAGAUCUGCGAGGCGUUGGCUGCAUGUGAUGUUAACGAGAUCAAGCUUCGCCAAGACUACGAGACAAACGAUUUGAAUGUGAAUCAAUUGCCACCGCUGAUCAAAGCUGUUUUGAUGCACCGCGAGAACGCGCUGGACGUCGAAUCGCACGCAUUUGUCGUCGAAGAUCAAAUGCUCGACGAUGCAAUGAACACCGAUAUCACCGGGGUUGUCGGUGCUUCUGAGCCGUCAACAUCGAAAUCGAUGGUCGAUCAGAGUGAAUCCACACCGCACAAAACCGCCUACAAGCCCACAAGCUAUAAGCCAUCUGAGCCGGUGCUUCAUCCAGAUCGGGAUCAGUCGACACUCCGACGACAGAUGGUAUCGGUCGGGAAACAACCAAAAGCCACUAUUCAACGGAAGAAAAAGGACAUGGUGGAAGAGCUCUACGAUUCGCUCACUGAUUAUUUUGAUCCCACACAAGGCCGACGAACGCGACGAAGGGCAAAGACUUUUGAAGAAGAACUCCAAGAAAAGCGAGAUAUCGAACUUGUCCACCAAUUGGAGUCUGAAGGUGGUCAACCGGAAGAAGACGUCGAGGAAGCCGCUGGGCCUAGCCUGUUGGUAGACGAAUUUGACGGGAAAUUCUUUGACAAGAAGAAAAGCAAAAAACGAAAGCACGAAGAAAUUGAAAGGCCGCCCACUCCGACCGAAGUUAUCGAGCAACGCGAAAUUGAGUGGAAGGAACGACAAAAGCAACGCCAGGACAAACAGCGCAAAAGACAUCGUGGUGAAGACAGCGGCGAUGAGAAUUGGAGUCACGAUGUGAUGGCCGAACAAGCAUCACAAGAAUGUUUCGAAUCGACGAUUGAUGAAAUUGUAAUGGAUGUCGACAUUGAUCUUUUGAAGCAAAGUAUGGGAAAUGACGAAGACGAAGAUGGUGGUGAAGGCGAUGGACAGUUUUUGGUCGAUACUUACAAGAUGGAGAUGAUCCGCGUUGAAGCUCAGAAAUUGAAGGAAUGGCGAAAACUGAACAAAGUCAACAUUGAUCGUCUUGUCAAGUUAAUCACCGUUUUGGAGCGAAACAUCCGAGAUGUGAUUCCGCGAGAAGGAGAGGCACCACUCGUCACUUUUCUUGAAGAGGAAAUCAUGGAUGAAGAUGAUCCAACAACUCGAGAAUUGGUGGACGAUCGGCUUUUGCGUGCUGCAUCAGCUGCGUGUACUGCAUUGCUUGUGAUGACUGGAGCAAAAAUGCCUAAACAAGUAUUUAUCGAAGAUGCGAUUGAUCGCUCAAUUCAACUUUGCAAGCAAUAUUUGAACCACAUCGUUUUUCCAUCCUCUGACAUAAUCUAUCGCUCUCCAAACAAACAGAAAAAGACUGAAGAAAAAACUCGUGGACGACGAAAGCCCGGUGGAAAUAAUCGAACACCGACUGCACAACGCAUCUAUCUUCGUAUGAAUGAUCUCAUCGGAUGCUUCGCUGAAUUGAUUCGCGUUCAAAGUCUCUCGGAUAUGGCCGUUCAUCAACUUUGCACAAUUGCCGCAUCAACGUUUUUUGUUAACAACAUUGGUGAAAUGCAAUGGCAGGCGAUGCGUCUUCUUUCCAACAUCUUCAAUCGGUAUAAUGAUCACAUGCGUCACAACAUUUUGCAAGAUAUUGUUAAUUCUCUCCAUCGUCUUCCGAGUGCGAAAACGUCCUCAAACAGUUUGCGCAUUUCAAAUGAAACGUGGUUGAAUAACAUGACAGUGCUGAUCAUGCAACUUGUUCAAGCAACUGUGCAGAUGCCUAAGCGAAAGAAGAAAGAUUCGGACGAAAAUGGAACAAGUGAAAAAGAAGAACUUGAGGAAGCCGAUCACUUGGUGAAAUCUUCUUUUGAAAGCGCUUUUCGGAUUGCCUUUUCUUUUCUUCAAGGAUUCUUGCAAAAAUGCUGUUCGAAAGGUGAAGAGGAUAAUCGACCAGUUUUUGAGGCUUUCCUUCAAGAUUUGCUCAACGCUUUGCACAAACCUGAAUGGCCUGCAGCUGAAUUUCUUUUGUCUAUUCUCGGAAAUCUUCUUGUUAAACAUUACAGGGCUACAAAAGGAACAGAGAUCGCGCUUCGGACGGCUUCGCUUGAAUAUCUUGGAUUGAUCACAGCUAAAUUGAAGAAAGAUGUUCGUUCAGCUGAAGAAGAUGCCGACCGGCGUCUAGAGAUUGUUGUAAAAACUCUGGUAUACGAAGAACUUGAUGAUCCUCCAGAAAAUAUCGCUGAUGUGGAUAUUGAAGAUUUGAAGUUGACCGAUAAGUUGAAGAAAUUGGAACAAUCAUUGAUCGACUACUUGUUACUGAGCCGAAACGAUGCUAGCACUGAAUAUGCGGUUUCUUUCUACGCAUGCUAUUGGUACAAAGAAACUGCCGAAGACUUGGAUAAGCUUCGACUCAGCUAUAAAGCUCAAAAGAAGAAGGCCGAUGAAUCAAAUGAAAAGGAGCUUCGCAAGAUGGAAAAGAAAAUGGAGAAACUGAACGAGAAGGGGCGAGCGAUGAAAGACUACUUGAUCAAGAUCGUCGACAAAAGGCAAAUGCGCAAAAGAAUCGAGCACAUCAAGAGAAACAACCAAAAUGUGAUGAUGGAAUCGGAUGUGGCUUGGGCAGUGAAGUAUUUGGCUAGCAGACGGGAAUUGACGCAAACUGGAUUUGAAAAUUAUCUCAAGCAGAUCCUUUAUGGAGUCAUCUCUGAACCAACGGUUUCGCUACGCACAAAAGCUAUGAAAUGCUUGACUCAAAUCAUCGAAGCCGACCACUCUGUGUUGGGAGUGCCUGAAGUACAGAAUGCCGUUCAAGCUCGAAUGGUUGAUCCGAAUGCGCAGGUCCGUGAAGCGACAAUCGAACUGCUUGGUAAAUAUCUGGUCUCUCGUCCUGAUUUCAUUCCGAAAUAUUAUCCAAUUUUGCUUGAAAGGAUUAAGGAUUCUGGAACUGCUGUAAGAAAACGUGUCAUUCGAAUCAUGCGGGAACUAAUUGAAAAGAAUCCAAGCUUUGACAAGACACCUGAAAUGUUGUCGAGAAUUGUUCGUCGAAUUGGUGAUGAGGAGGGAGUGAAAAAACUUGUGAUCGAAACUUUCAACACCUUGUGGUUCCAACCAUUACGAGAACAUGAUCAAGAAGCACUUAUCAAGAGGGUAAUGAUCAUUACCGAAGCGACGGAAAUUUGUGUGGCUGAAGGAACUGUUGAGCAACUUGAACUGCUGCUCACAAAUAUCUUUAAGACAAGCGACAAAGCAACGAUUUUCGCCUGUCGUCAAAUCGUCGAUUGUCUUGUUGACAAUGUCCUCGCGCUUGAAACAAAGAUGGCAGCUGAUAAUAGUUUGUCGGAAAUAAAUAAAAUGGACGGCGAGGAUGGGACACUUGCAAACGCGCGCCGGGCAAAAUCAAAUCAAGAUCGAAUGUUGGCUUGUCUCACCGCUUUGAGUUUGUUCAGCAAGGUUCGUGCUGAAUUGUUGGUCAAACAUGCCGAAACUCUACAGCCAUAUCUGAGUAUGACUGUCAAUACAGCAGCUGAAACCCAAGUUCUCAAACAGGUUAUUGACAUGUUGCGUCGAGUGAUUCCGUUGAUGUCACAUCCAUCCGAUUCGUUUAUUGAUGGUCUCGAAGACUCAUUUUCGCAACUAUUGCUCGCCGGUAAAGUAACCAUCAUUGAAUCUGCUGUUGAAUGUGGUGGAGCUUUACACGAGAAAUUCCCUAGACGGCGCCCCAAGAUGACGGAUAUCUUUUUGAAAUUCUUGGCUAAUCUGAACAACAUGAAGAAAAUGUUGGAACGAGACCUGAAAUCUCCAGUGCCAGAGGAAAGAGUUGCAUUCAUUUCGCGGGGUAUCUUUUGUCUUGGACUGUUGGCUCGGUACUUUGACUUGGAUUUCGUUCUUGAAGAAGAGCCAGAUACCAUUCAAAAAUAUGCUAUUAAACAUGAAUUGCCGCCAAAUCCUCUGAUGGAAAAUCACAUUGCUGAGGAUGAUGAAAAGCCGCGCGUGGUUCGCGAUAACGUCUUCGUUCUUUUGUGCUUCUUUUUGGGAGUUCCACAGGCAACAAUUCAGAGGAAUGCGCUUAUAAGCUUGGGUCAUCUAUCUGCCCAAUAUGCUGAAUAUCUGAUGAGACCAGAGGUGCGAUCAAUGUACAAUCGAUUUUUGGGUAGACCGGAACCAGAAUUUUUGGCUGUAAAAGUUUUGACACUCCAAAAUCUUGAACGCUUCUUGAUCAACGAAGAAAAUCGUAUGCAAAAGCACAGCGAAGAAUGGCAAAAACGAAAAGAAACUGAGGAUUUGAAAGAAAUGGAUCAAGCUGGCAGUGGUCUGGGAUCAGCCGUAAUUCAGCUUUAUUGGAACCAUGUGCUGAACUGCUAUUUCAAUCGUGAGAAAGAAGUACGAAACGCGGCCGUUCAGGUGACUUGGCGCACUUUGUCACAAGGAUUGGUCACUCCCGGAUCCUCGAUUCCGACUCUGAUUGCGAUGAUGACCGAUCCGUUGCAAACAAUUCGACAUAAAGUGGAAAAUCUUUUGAAAGAAAUAGACACAAAGUAUCAAGGAAUGGUUCAGACAAAGGCCGUUUCUGGGAUUCGUAUUGCUUUCCAAUUACAUUCAAAGGUGAAUGGUGGUGAUCGACGAUUGUUACGAGGAAUUAGAUUGGUUGAGGGCUCGGCAACGGCUAAUACUGCUCACAAAAAGACUUCAACGGAUGAAUGGGGUGUUCCACGUUACACGAAUGAUGGGCAAGCACUCCUCUCUGGGUUAUAUCAAGCCUUACGUGGUAAUCGUCAACAGAGGAGAAGCUUUUUGCAAUCAAUUUUACGCCUAUUCUCCGAAGACAGCAAAGAGAAACUUACGUUGCCUGAAUUGAUUUUUGUUGGUGAUAAUAUUGCGAUGUUCCCGUAUCAGGUUAUGGAUGAGCCUUUGUAUGUGAUACACGAAAUGGAUAAAAUUGUUCCAUUCUCUGGAGAAAGCAUCAUUGGACAUUUCAAAGCUUCUCUUUUGCCAAAAUCGGGCCCACCUGGACAACCAGGCAAAGACGACGUUGAAUUCGAACCGGAAGCCAUUUAUCGCCGUUUGCCAAACGAUAAAACCCAUCUCUUUGAAUUGAUGAACAAUUCGCAAGCUUGUUUCAUCUUGCUCUACCUUAAAACCUUCCUCAUGAAGCUGUAUGGUUUCACAGAAGCAAAAGUGCAAGAAUAUUCUCCAACAGACGGAGCCAAACUCUACGAGAAGGCAAUCGGUCGUAAGAAUGUGCACAUGUUCUGCCCACAGUCAGCCAUUGCCGAAUUGGAUCCAUCACGGGUGGCUGAUCGAGACACGAUGAAGGGACAUUUCAAUCUGUCUCAUCAAAUUUGCAACUUCCAUAAAAUGUUGCUCUCGUUGGAUCGGGGCGAAGAUGAUGAUGAUGAUGUGCCUCAAGAAGAACAGCAAGCUGAACAGGAUGGUGAUGCUGGCGGUCGAGAUGACGAAUCAGACGUGGAUGAGAGUGACGCUCCAUCCGAGACUGCAUCUCAUCCA